AUGAGCUGCCGGACGAGUCCAGCCUCGCAGAUCGGUCUUGCGGGCGGCCAGGCAGGUGUCCGCUGCAGGUCGCGGGUGGAGCAGGGCGCCCGGGAGGCGGAAGCGCCUCUGCCAUUGGCCGGGAGGCGCCUCUUACCUGCGCGCUGCCCGUGGGCUCGAGCGCAAAGUUCGCGGCGCGAGGCCCGGGAGGCGGCGGUCGGUAGCGCAGGUGGCCUCCGCCGUCGGUCCAGCAAGAUGCCCUUCGGGCUGCGGGGAAAGGACAAGGGCACGUCCAAGGAGACCGCCCGGCUGGUGGACGGCGAGGUGACCCCAGGGGGCGCGGAAGGCGGCCCCCAGGAGCCCGCGCGGCGGCUGGUGUUCCACGCGCAGCUGGCGCACGGCAGCGCCACGGCCCGCGUGCAGGGCUUCUCCAGCAACCAGGAGCUGUACGAGCAGAUCGCCAGCGCCUUCGCCCUCUCGCCGGCCGAGAUCUUAUACUGUACUUUAAACACACCUAAAGUUGAUAUGGAAAAACUCUUAGGAGCACAAUUAGGUCUUGAAGACUUCAUAUUUGCCCAUGUUAAAGGGCUUAAAAAAGAAGUGAAUGUGUAUAAAUCUGAGGAUUCACUUGGCCUUACCAUCACGGAUAAUGGUACUGGCAGUGCCUUUAUAAAGAGAAUUAGAGAGGGUAGUCUCAUUGAUUCGGUUAAAACAAUCUGUGUGGGGGAUCACAUUGAAUCCAUAAAUGGAGAAAGUACUGUUGGAUUGCGUCAUUACGAUGUUGCUAGGAAGUUAAAGCAAUUAAAAAAAGAAGAAAUCUUCACCCUGAAGUUAAUAGAACCUCGGAAGGCAUUUGAAAUAGGACCCAGGUCAAAGACUGUGAAGGCAUCGGCAGAGAUAAUUGGCACUGGAAGGGGCACUCUUCGCCUGAGAUCCAAAGGUCCGGCCACUGUGGAGGAAGUGCCAUCUGAAGUCACAGCAAAGGCGAUUGGAAAGGUUGAUGAUCUUCUUGAAUUAUACAUGGGAAUUCGAGAUUUUGAAUUAGCUACCACAAUGUUUGAAGCUGGAAAGGGUAAAGGUAAUUCAGAGGAAUUUUCAGUGGAAAUCAACAAAACUCUUGGAGAGUUUGCAUUCCCUGAAGAAUUUGUCUUUGAUGUUUGGGGAGCCAUCAGUGAUGCCAAACAAGGACGGCUAUGAUGUGGAUGUGCCAUCUCUGGAAAAAUGAAGUGGUUCCCUGAAAAAGCUAAGCACCAUAAAAUCUGCUUUUAGACACUCUUACUGACUCUGGUUUGAUUUUAUGGAUGUGGAAUCCAUUCUUUGAAAUAUAAUUUCCUGGCAUUUUAAAAAUGUAUUUGUUUAUGUGGUAUGCUUAAGAUAAAUGAUCUAAAAUGGGAAAUGAUUUUACUAUUUAAUACCCCCUUUAAAGCAGUUUCAGAGAAUGUUUCUAGAUAGAUGAUUUUGCUCCCUAUUAAUGCCUUUGCUUUCUUUGUUUUCCCACUCAUAAGGAACUGAAUGUGAUAGCCUUGUCCUUCUGCAAAAUCGUAAUGCAGUGAAAAUGAGGAUUGGAGUAUGAUUUGCCUUGUACCUUCAUUUAUUACCUUGAACAGUUUGCAGGAUGGAAAUUAUGCCUAUUAUAAUAAGUCUAGAAGCACUGUUGAUCCACCAAAGGGAGGGAUGUUUGUAUGGACCUUUAAUGUCUAUGGUCCACUUUUUCCACUUUGUAAAACAAAUGUUGAUUGAUUUAAUCAAUGUAACUGCUUCUUAAAACCUAUUGAAAUUGGUUGUACUGUUAUGAGUUUGCACAUGUGGAAGAAAGUGAAAAAGAAGAGAUAGUACAGAAGUCACUUAUACUUCAAUUUUUAAGACAAUUCUUAAAACAUUCAUUUUGCACCAUCCCCACUUUUAUGUUACCCUUUAUAAGCGCACCAGGGAGGAUUUUUAUAAAAAUUUUCUUUUGAAAGAUAUUUGCUCUGAAAAUAACUAUGUUUGAGAACUUUUUUGGGGGGAGAGGGGUUAAAGGGCAAUGCUUUUAAGCACCCUAAACUUUAGAGCAGAUAGGAUCAGAAAUAGAUUUUCUCCCAGUAGAAAUAAAGGAAGAAGGUAAAGUUGAGAAAAUAUUUUAGUCUGUUAUUUUAGAGUUCUAUCAUGCUUUCUCUCAAACCUUAUAUUAUUGAGGAAAUUGAGGGUAAAUGACUGUCUUAUCAUUCUUAGUUGACAUUUUACAGGUCUAAGAGAAAUGGAAAUGAAUGGUUUCAGCACAGCUCAUUGAAUAUGGCAGAGCAUGGUGUGACCAAGCCGUCUUCUAAAGUGUUAGGUGGAAAAUGCUGUGCACUGCCAUGGUAAUCAGAAAUAAUAACCCAUAAGGGAUAUAUCACACGAAAUCAGAAGUAGUCCCUUUUCAUGCUGGGUUAAUUCUUGGAUAACUCUUGUUUUCUGAUACAGCUUUACUUUUAUUGCUUCUUCACUCACCUUUUACAUAAGUUUAAUGCUACAAAGCUGUUUUUCUUUGCCUCAUUCAUCUGAAACCUGCACAGACACUGUUUUCAUCAUUAAUGUGUAACUGAAGUCGUUUACAGAUUGUGGACGGUCAUAUUCUUCUUUCCUGUCAUUUAAAAAUAGCAUCCAGUUCAGUAUAUAAUUGGUUGUUACCUGUUUAAUGGAUUUUGUUUGAAAUCCUCAAAUACCUCAGUAGUUUUGGGGUUGUCAGAGAUCUAACCCAGGGUCUCAUACAAGCAAGGCAUAUUUUCUACCACCGAGUUCCACUCCAUCUCCUACUAAUUCUUAAUAGCACCAUAAUACUGCCUUAGAAAGGCAGGGAUGGGAGUAUUAUUGGAUGACCUCAGAAACAUUUAAAAUAAAUUUUUUUUUGGCACUCGAGGUAGAUAUGAAGUAAUUAACCAUUGUUUAUUAGUGAUAGGCAUCAGUUUCUCCUCCCUUUGUGGGCAUGCUCCUGAACUGACCCUUGCUUGCAGAUGCCCGAUGGCUUAGAGAUGACACUCACAGAGCAGGUGUGUUCACCGUGGCUGUAGAGUUUUGAUGAGGAUGGCACUAAUAUCCCUAUACAAUUGUAGCGGUACUUGUCUGUUAACACUAAAGAAACAUUUUUAUUCAAACUUGAAGUGGACCCAGCUGCCUUGAUAUGAUACGUAGCCCUAAUAAGUUUUUUUCUUAGAGUGUUUUUAUAUUCCAGCUCUAUUGCUACACUGAUAAGUCUGGUUUGUCUAUGUCCUUUUCUUCUACCCAAAACUGUAUCUCUGUGAAGUUCUGUAUCCUUCUGUAGCUCUAACCACCCUCUGACACAUCCCUACAUCGCCCUGCCCACCCUCCCCCACAAAGCUGAGUCUGAUUUAUAGUUGUUACAGGCUCUGCUGCUGCUACAAUGAAACCAAUUGUGCUCCCAUUUUAUUGGCUUUGCACUUUCAGAAAUACUGAUUUCUCUUUUGUCUUGUAGAUUUCCUCAUGGAGGGUGAUUAUUUUAUUCUUGAUUUCUUUUUGUCAAACCAGCAUUGUUUAGGAUCAGAAGAGCACAUGAUUUCUCUCAGUACACAUGGAUCUAACAGAGAAGGUAGAUGAAUGAACUUGGAGCCCGCUGGGCCUUCAGCACAACUCAGUCAUGAUCAUAUGCAUGUAUUAUGAUGACGCCUAGUGCAUUCUGGUUUUAUGUGAUGUUUCAAAAACAUAACUAUAUAAUCAUAGAGCAUGCAAUGCUUACAAAUUCAAGAAUAAAAGCAGGCAUCAGUUAAUUGCUGUUUGGAGCUUCUUAUCACAAAUGUAACUGACAAAUAAAAAAUAAAUGAAUAGUUACAAAUGAUGUUCCAUUUGUAAUAUUUCUGCCUGUAACUUCAACAUAUAAUUAAUGUUCAAAUAAAGCUUAUUUUACUUAGGUCCAUGUUAUUACUAGAUCUUCAUCAAGUGGAGAGAAACUUUCCUUGGUUUCCUUCUAUUAUCAUUGUCUACUUAGUAGUAAAUCUGCAGAAGUUCUAAAUGGAACACAGUUACCACCAGAGAUGUAAAACGAUGGUUAUACAAAGAGGCUUUACUUUCUGAUCUAUCUAUCUAUCUAUCUAUCUAUCUAUCUAUCUAUCUAUCUAUCUAUCUAUCUAUCUAUCUAUCUAUCAUCUAUCACUUAGCUCUUUUGGUGGAAUUACUAGGAUAGAAGCAUAAUUAAGUAUCUUCUCCAAGCUAUGAGUGAGUAGAAGUAGGAGAUGCUAUCUAAAUACACACUUGUUAUGUUCCUGACACAGAUUGGAAAGAGAUAUCAGUAAUUACAAGUCACACAUCAUAGUUUUAAACCUUUCUAAGAUUGUGAAGUGUACAAUGGUACAGACUGUCCCUGCCUGUUAUCUGAAAACCUAAUUCAAAGAAAUAACUCCUGAUUAUUAUCUGCUAGCAGUGUGAAAGUUGAAUAUGCAUUUUUAUUUCCACUGAGACACUGAGUUUCUCUAAGAUGUUAGCCUAGGCAUAGAUAUCUUCAGGCAGUAAGUAAAAGGAGAAAUAAAAAAGUGUUCUGAAAUGCAGUUUUAAGUAAAUAUUUUACAGCUUUAAUAGUUUGUGCCAUGCAAUAUUAUUGACUUUAUAUAAAAUAUUAAGAAUUUUUGAAAACUUUUCUCCUUUAUAAAAAUAGCAUAUACUUGAAAGUAUUUUUUGAAUGUUGGAACUUAUUAAUAUGUGAAAUUAUAGAUUAUAUUUUACGAUUGUUUAAAAAUGUUAUCUUGGCUGGGGAUGUGGCUCAGUGAGAAAGUGUGUGCUUUGCAUAUGUGAGAUUUUUAGUUCGGUCCUAGGCACCGCAGAAUAAGAAGGAGAUUACCUGUUUUUCUACUUACAUAUUUAUGAAUUGUAUUGAUCAAAAGGUAAAUUAUGUUUAAGGCUAUGAUAAGUUUACAUUUCUUAUACUUGAAAUAUUAUAAUAAAAAUCUUUUCAUGAAAAAAGUGCUGCUUUUAUUGCAAGAAAAGUUGUGUUUUAAUUGUUAGUAUUCUGAGUUUUGUUUAAAUGAUGGCAAUAACAUAAUUGGUCAAGCCUUUAUUUUGUAGGAUAACAUUGGUUUGUUCUUUCUGCUUUGCCACAGGGUGCUUAGGCUUAUUGGGUUACUCUCAUCACAGUGCUCCCAUUCCUCUGUGUUUAUUUGUAACUUCUUUGUUCUCUGCUUUCCCAACUAGUUAAUCACUUUUAUCUUCUAAUUAGACUCUGUAACUUGUAAAUAUUGCUUUUCUCUUCUCCUUAAGUCCUUUGUAUAGUUAAUUCAGAGCAAUGUCCUUUUUGUAUAUACAGAGGAAGACAGUUAAUGCUAUGCUUUUGUAGGUUGGCUCCGAAUGAUGUUCACUCCCAGGCAUCUGUUCUCCCAACUUAAGCCUCAGUUGCCCUUACUUCCUAGCACCCCAAAAGCAGAGUCCCGACAAGAAACUGGAUGGACCCAGGACAAGCUAUGAGCUACCCAGGCAUCAAAAUGGGCCAGGCCAAAGUGCCAUAAAACUUAACUACAAGUUAAGAGCAUGGUCAUGGACAAAUUCUGUCAUGAUCCAAAAAGUAACAACUAGAUUAGGACCCUGCUAGGGUUAGGAAAAAUUAAUCUGGCCUGAGCACUCUAGUCUGAGAUCUAUAGCAACAUGCUUCCAGGAAAGCCACCCUACAAGUAUAAUGCAUCUCUUACUGUGUCCAUACAAAAUAACUAAUAUUAAGACGUAGAAUUAAGGUGUUAAUUAAGAUGUUAAUUAAGUUAUUGGACUAAGGAGAGGAGAAACAUCUCUAAGUGGCAUUUUGCCCUUGAGCAGAAGGGCUUUCAUAUGUUGAUUGUGCUACUGGACCUGGAUAUGGUGGCUAUCCCCAAUGGGUAGAGUUGGAGAGAAACGAGAAAGAGACCAGGUUGCGAGAUGGAGCACUGAGAGAUGAGUGAGAGAGGCAGGACAAGACGGGAGUGAGGGGCAGUGUGAGACUAGCAUGGGAAGCUUAGUGAGACUGGAACAGGCAUGUGGGGAGAAUGGAAUAAACGGCAACUGAUCACCAACCAGCCUGGCCCUCAUUUCCUCCUUCAUCUGCCCAUGGCGUUGGCCAUCUCACGUGGGAGAGCGACCAGAGACCACUGAAUGCAGGCGGCGAGAAAAAGAGCUGCGGAGUUCUCCAGUCGUCUCGUGAAUACACAGUUUUUAAUAUCUUUGGUACUUUAUUUUUUAUUGGGACAUAAUUGUCAUAUUCAGUAUG